AUGUAUCCCAGUUCCCAGAUCUCUAUUCUAAGGAAUCGGUCUCCACCAUCGGUCCUUGUCGUGGGAACCUGCUGUGCUAUUCCUUGCUAUGCCGUCCUCCACCUUUACCGAGUCAAUGCUUGCAUCCACGACGAUCUCAUCUGUCUGCCCUCCUCAGCUGUCGCUAAUCCGCUAGGCCAGCCUGCUAAAGACAAUCGCCAGCAAUUAGAUCUGGCGACGCACGGAUCUUCCUGCCACCGUCUUUGUCGGCUUGCCGAGGGUAAUGCACCGCAUGGACCUACAGAACGAAAUUAG